AUGUGGUUUUUGGCGAGAUUUUUUGCCGCCGCGCACACACACGAAAAAGUGCAUAAAUUGAGUUUGAAUAUUAAAAGAGUUGGUUCUUUUUUUCUCGUUUUUCGAGGAAAAAUUUGAGGAAAACCGAAAAAAAAAGAAAAAAGAGCAAAAGUUUUGAAACAAUGUAAUUUGACCUCUCCUUUUUUUCAGGAUUUCCAUCAGUUGGAAAAUCAACAUUGCUUUGCAAUUUGGCUGGAGUGUUUUCGGAAGUUGCAGCUUAUGAAUUUACGACGCUGACAACGGUUCCUGGUGUAAUUCGGUAUAAGGUGAGGAUUUUUGAGAUAUUUUGAGUGGAAAUUCAGCUUUGAGGCCUUUUUCUGAUAAAAAUUGGACAUUCUUUUGAGAAAACAUUUAAAUUCUGGAAAAAUCUAUAAAUUUCUGAAAUUAUUUCAGAAUGUGCGAAGAAUUUUGAGCUUCUAGUUUUUUAUUUGUGAAAUUUGUAAUUUGGAAAAAUUUUAAAAUUAUCUGAAAAUAUAACUUUCAAAAAUUCUAAUUUCAACGAAAUUCAAAAAAUUUCCUGAAAACAUUAGUUAUGACUAUCAGAGUUGUUUGAGGUUUUUCUACAGUACAAUAACUCGGUUUUAAUAAAUUCAAUUUAUCGAACUUCAUCCAAAAAAAACUCCAACUAAUAAGAUAAUUUUGUUUCUCUAAAUAUCAAGCUGAAAACUAAAAAAAAAUUCUGGAAAAAACCUAUUCGGAUUUAUGAUUGAAUUGUUGUAUAAAAAAAGAAGAAAAAAAAAAAUGUUUUUUUGUUGUUGUGCUUUCGAGAAGAAAAAAUCUUGGCCCCGACAUUUUGUUGUUGUUGUUUUUUUUUUGUUGUUAUUGAACCCACCCACAAUCUUUUUUUUUCAGGGAGCAAAAAUUCAAUUGUUGGAUUUGCCCGGAAUUAUUGAAGGUGCCAAAGAUGGAAAAGGUCGUGGUAAACAGGUUAUUGCUGGUAAGUUUUUAAAGAAUUUUUGAGAGAAAAAUGGUAUUUUUUAGUUCAAUUUCGACCAGAGAUGGCCAAUUUGAUCCUAGAAAUUUUGAAAAAUUGAUUUACCAGAAAUUUUCACCAAACAAUUCCAAAAUUUGGUCAAAUGUUAGCAAAAACUUUGCCACGUCAUAACUCAUCAUUUCCUGUUUUUUUUCAGUUGCUCGAACAUGUUCCUUAAUUCUAAUGGUUCUCGAUGUAAUGAAACCACUUCAACACAAACGAUUAUUAGAAUAUGAAUUGGAAGGUUUCGGAAUUCGACUAAACAAACAACCACCAAAUAUUGGUUUCAAGCGAAAAGAAAAAGGUGGUAUAAAUCUGACAAUGUUGGUCCCACAAUCUGAACUCGAUUUGGAACUUGUCAAAAGUAUUUUGGCCGAGUAUCGCAUUCAUAAUGCUGAUGUUACAUUGAGGUAUUUUUGAAGGGAAAAGGAAGUUAGCCUAACUGGCCGCUCUCGCUCCACCACCGCAUAUCUAUUCUAAACUUUUCAGAUAUGAUGCAACAUCGGAAGACUUGAUCGAUGUGAUCGAAGGAAAUCGUGUCUAUGUUCCAUGCAUCUAUGUUCUCAACAAAAUUGAUCAAAUCUCAAUCGAAGAACUCGACAUCAUCUACCGUAUUCCGCAUACUGUACCAAUUUCGGCUCAUCACAAAUGGAAUUUUGAUGAUUUGCUCGAGAAGAUUUGGGAGUAUUUGAACUUGAUUCGAAUGUGAGUUUUCAGAAGAUUCCACUGUCAACUAAAUUUAUCCAUAAUUGCAGCUACACUAAACCAAAAGGUCAAUUGCCUGAUUAUUCGCAACCAAUUGUUCUCAACGCCGAACGUAAUUCGAUUGAAGAUUUGUGCAUGAAAAUUCACAAAUCCCUUCAAAAAGAUUUCAAAUGGUUAGUUUUUUGAAUUAAAAAACGAUUUAAAAAUGUUCAACAAAAAGGGUAUUUUUUACGUUUCAAACGUGGUGGAUUAUUUUAGAUUUUCUGUGACUUUUGGUUACCCAAUUAUUCUUCUGUUUAAUAUAAAUGUUUUAUGUAGGCAAAUUUGAAAUUCGUAAAAAGAAGUUCAAAAUUAUAAAAUUUUGUCAGUUUCUAAAAUUUGAACACUGAGAUAAAAAAACAUUUUCAAACUUUAUUGUAGAAAAUUCGGGUUUGGACAAGAAAGUUCGAUUUAUAUUUCGAAAAUUCCUAGAAAAAUUUUGAGAUAUCAAAAUCGACCCAUAAUUUCGCAGUGUUGAAAGAAGGGCCAUUCUACUUCCCCCUAACUCCAAUAAAUCAUUUUCAGUGCUCUUGUUUGGGGCUCUUCAGCCAAACACAAUCCUCAACGCGUUGGUCGUGAUCAUAUUGUCAAUGAUGAAGAUGUUGUUCAAGUCAUCAAAAAGUGAGUUUUCCCCUGUUCUUUGUUUUUUCUUUAAAAAAUCCUCUUUUUUUCAGGGUCUAG